UUUUUAACAGCAAGACAAGCUGGAAACGUUGUUGUUUGCCUACCCCAACUCCGCAUUCUAUCUUCGAUUUUAUUAUAUAUUCAUGAAAUUACUGCAGACCUUUUUUUGAAAAAUUACUGAAAAUUUGAAGGGGGUUUUAGUUCAAAGGUUCAGCAUUUAAUUACUUGCCAUUCAUGAUCAAGAUCAAAUCUUUAAAAUCUUAAAUUGGUAACAUCGUUUUGUUUUUGAAUCCUGAAAGUGCUGAUGAAGAAAGAAUACUGAUUCUUGAGGCAGCCCAUAUAUGAUAUAUCCAACAGGAUCAAAGGGGAUAUUUUUUUCCCACCUGAGUUCUAAAACAUGAGGACGUUAUAGUACGUUACCCCGCUUUGCCGACAAGAAGAGAGCCAUUGCACUCCACGCGCUUACAUACUUUGAAAAAAGCCGUUACAUGUGGAUCCAAAUGGGGUCGUUGCGUCCAAAGAUUGGCUGUGCAUUUAUGUUUUCUUUUAUUGCUCUCCUCAGAAUGGUCGUUAUAUUAUCUCAUAGUCGUAGACUUGUGAUUUUUCACUCACUUCUUUACUGUCUCUUUGUUGUUUGGUUGGGCAUUUGGUGUUCUUCUGUGAAAAUAUCUACUUCUUCUUCAGUAAUGUUUGUUUUCAGGGAAAGAUAGAUCAUUUUGCUUUAUGGGGUUAGGUAGUUCUUGAAUUUGAGUCCAUGUUCUUGAUCAAGAUUUCUUUAGACUGGUUUUCUUGAUGUGGAAACUUGAGGGCCCUUUUCUUGAUUAUUUUUCUUCUUUCGUGUGGUUCAUUUUCUGUUGAGUUCUUGAGAGAUUGUUGUGGUCGUUUGAGGGAAGAGUCACUGGAGAUGGGCAUCAUAAGCACAGUUCUAGGGGUUUUCGGCUUUGGGAUUGGGGUUGCCAUUGGGUUUGUGAUCGGAUACUUUCUGUUUAUCUACUAUCAGCCAACUGAUGUGAAGGAUCCUGAGAUUCGUCCAUUGGUUGAAAAAGAUUCUAAAAGUCUGCAACAGCUACUCCCUGAAAUACCUAUUUGGAUUAAGAAUCCAGAUUAUGAUCGGGUUGAUUGGCUGAACAAAUUCAUCGAGUAUAUGUGGCCUUAUUUAGAUAAGGCAAUAUGCAAGAUGGCAAAGAAAAUAGCAGAACCCAUCAUUGCUGAGCAAAUUCCAAAGUACAAAAUUGAUUCUGUAGAAUUUGAAACUCUAACUUUGGGCUGCCUACCGCCUACUUUUGAAGGAAUGAAAGUAUACAACACUGAGGAAAAGGAAUUGAUAAUGGAACUAGGCCUGAAGUGGGCAGCUAAUCCUAACAUCCUUGUUGCUGUCAAGGCAUUUGGGUUGAGAGCUACCGUCCAGGUGCUUGACUUGCAAGUAUUUGCUUGCCCACGCAUCACUUUAAAACCGCUGGUUCCAAGCUUUCCUUGUUUUGCUAAUAUACACGUUUCUCUAAUGGAGAAGCCUCAUGUCGACUUUGGAGUAAAGCUUCUAGGUGCUGAUGCUAUGUCCAUUCCUGGGGCAUACAGAAUUGUUCAGGAAAUCAUCAAAGAUCAGGUUGCAAAUAUGUAUUUAUGGCCGAAAAGACUUGAAGUUCAGAUAAUGGAUCCUGCAAAAGCAAUGAAGAAACCAGUUGGGAUUCUACAUGUUAAUGUUGUCAGAGCGAUGAAACUCAGGAAGAAAGAUCUUUUAGGAGCAUCUGACCCUUAUGUGAAGCUAAAACUCAGUGAAGACAAACUUCCAUCCAAGAAAACAACUGUAAAACAUAAAAACUUGAAUCCUGAAUGGAACGAGGAAUUCACUUUUGUUGUUAAGGAUCCUGAAGCUCAAGCUUUGGAGCUCGUUGUUUAUGACUGGGAACAGGUUGGGUCACACGACAAAAUGGGACUGAAUGUAAUCCCGCUAAAAGAUCUAACUCCGGAGGAGCCAAAAACUAUAACUCUUGAGCUUCUUAAAAAUCUGAAUCCAGACGAUGUUCAGAACGAAAAGUCACGAGGGCAGCUUGUAGUUGAAAUCAAUUAUAAACCUUUCAAGGAUAACGAGUUGCCAGCCGAUGUUGAAGAUGCAGAUUCAGUACAGAAGGCUCCUGAAGGGACACCUGAGGGUGGUGGUUUGCUUGUCAUCAUAGUCCAUGAAGCUCAAGAUUUGGAAGGAAAGAAUCACACCAACCCAUCUGCACGUAUAUUGUUUCGCGGGGAGGAAAGAAAAACAAAGGUUGUGAAGAAAAACAGGGAUCCAAGAUGGGAAGAGGAGUUUCAGUUCAUGCUGGACGAGCCGCCCACCAAUGACAGAGUUCACGUCGAAGUACUUAGUACUUCUAAAAGAAGUCUAUUACAUGCCAAGGAAACUCUUGGUUAUGUAGAUAUAUACCUGUCGGACGUGGUGAGCAACAAGAGGAUCAACGAGAGGUACCACCUUAUCGACUCUAAGAACGGUCGGAUUCAGAUAGAGAUGCAAUGGAGAACUGCAUCUUGAGGAGAGCUUUGUGCAAUGUGAAUAAUUUGAUAUGGUAAGCAGUCAUCAAAGUCCAAUUAGGAUAGUAUCUGUUUAUAUUUUGACAGUUUUUAUCUUGUGUUGUGUUAGUUUAUGGUAGUAACUACCCUCCCUUAAAACUCCUCUCCUCAAAACAGAGCUCUCUGUUCCUGCAAAACUCUUUUGGAACGGAUUCAUAUGCUGGAAUGAUGGUUCAAUUUUUUGCUGGAAA